AUGUUUCUUUUUUCUUUUUUUCUUUUCUUUCUUUCUUUCUUUCUUUCUUUCUUUCUUCGUUUGUUUCUUUCUUUUGUAAAAUUCGCUUCUUUCUUUCUUUCUUUCUUUCUUUCUUUCUUUUUCCCUUUUCGUCCCCACCAAUUGUUUCUUUCUGUUGUAAAAUUCCUUCACUUCAUGAUCUUUUCUUUUUCUUUCUUUCUUUUCUUUCUUUCUUUUCUUUCUUUUUCGUCCCCCACCAAUUCUUUCUUUCUUUCUUCGUCCCCCUUUCUUUCAAUUUUUUUCUUUCUGUUGUUUCUUUCUUUCUUUCUUUCUGUUCCCACACCAAUUUUUCUUUUUGUAAAAUUUUCUUUUCUUUCUUUCUUUCUUUCUUUCUUUCUUUCUUUCUUUCUUUCUUUCUUUCUUUCUUCCUUCACUGAUGUUUCUUUCUUUCUUUCUUUUUUUUCUUUCUUUCUUUCUUUUUUCUUUCUUUUUUUUUCUUCGUCCCCACUGAUGUUCUUUCAAUUUUUUUUCUUUUCUUUCUGUUUUAAAAUUCCUUCCCCCACCAAUUGUUUCUUUGUUCCUUGUUCUUUCUUUCUUUCUUUCUUUUUUUUUUCUUUUCUUUCUUUUUUCUUUCUUCGUCCCCACACCAAUUGUUUCUUUCUGUUGUAA